AUGUCUUUGCACUUUUACAGCUUGAGCUCCAAACUUCUCUCAGAAACAGUGGAAAAGAUGUGCGAGAACAUGACGUCAGUGCUGCUCGCUGCGUCUGUCUUUACUCUGACCAUUGGAUACAUCUCAAAAACCCUGCUGCAGAAGACCUCGGACUUGGAUAAGAAGCACCCCCCGUACAUCUCCUCUGCUCUCCCAUUCCUGGGUCAUGCCAUCGCCUUUGGGAAAAGUCCCAUAGAUUUCCUUGAAAACGCCUAUGAAAAGUACGGUCCGGUCUUCAGCUUCACGAUGGUGGGAAAGACCUUCACGUACCUUCUGGGCAGUGAAGCAGCCACUCUCAUGUUCAACAGUAGGAACGAGGAUCUGAACGCGGAGGACGUUUACUCCAAACUCACCACUCCAGUGUUCGGGAAAGGAGUGGCCUACGACGUCCCCAACGCUCUGUUUUUAGAGCAGAAGAAGUUACUGAAGACUGGUCUGAACAUUGCUCAUUUUAAACAACAUGUCAAGAUCAUAGAAGACGAGACCAUCGAGUAUUUCCAGAGAUGGGGAGACAGCGGGGAAGAAAAUUUGUUCGAAGCCUUGUCGGAGCUGAUCAUCCUGACGGCCAGCAGCUGUCUCCACGGUAACGAGAUCCGGGCCAUGUUGGACGAGAAGGUGGCCCAGCUCUACGCCGACCUGGACGGAGGCUUCAGUCACGCCGCGUGGCUCCUCCCCGGCUGGCUGCCCCUGCCCAGCUUCAGAAAACGGGACAGAGCUCACAGAGAAAUCAAGAAUAUUUUCUUCAAAGUGAUUCAGAGGAGGAGACAGUCGGAGGAGAAGGUGGACGACAUCCUGCAAACGCUCAUCGACGCCAGCUACAAAGACGGGCGUCCUCUGAGCGAUGAUGAGAUCUCGGGGAUGCUGAUCGGGCUGCUCCUGGCCGGGCAGCACACCUCCUCCACCACCUCCUCCUGGAUGGGCUUCUUUCUGGCUCGGGACAAGUCUCUGCAGGAUCGAUGCUUCGCUGAACAGAAAACUGUGUUUGGAGACGACCUGCCGCCGCUAAACUUCGAUCAGUUGAAAGACCUGAGUUUGCUGGAUCGCUGUUUAAAAGAGACCCUCCGCCUUCGCCCUCCGAUCAUGACCAUGAUGAGAAUGGCUCGUUCCCCUCAGACUGCAGCGGGCUACACCAUCCCUGUGGGUCACCAGGUCUGCGUGUCUCCCACCGUGAACCACCGCUUACAAGACACGUGGAACGAAAGACUGGAAUUCAACCCCGAUCGGUACCUCCUCGAUAAUCCUGCUGCUGGGGAGAAGUUUGCAUACAUCCCGUUUGGAGCCGGUCGUCAUCGGUGCAUUGGGGAAAACUUUGCCUACGUCCAAAUCAAAACCAUCUGGUCGACGAUGCUGCGGCUGUUCGAGUUCGAGCUCGUGGACGGCUACUUUCCGACGAUCAACUACACAACAAUGAUCCACACUCCACACAAUCCCGUCAUCAGAUACAGAAGGAGGAACCUGUGA